AUGGAUUUUUCAGACAUCUUUCGCAUUGUCAACCUUGGAGCAGGCGUGCUCAUGAUUCUCGCCGGUGUGACACGCUUCAUCUCGGGUGGCUUCACCAUCGCGGCCGUCAUCCUCGGAAUCUACCUGUUCAUCUUCGGGCUAGCGACGGGGCUCCUUGAGUUCCAAAUCCCACCGCAGGUCUCCCGCUACGCCAGUUUCAUGUUCAGUUUUGUUGGAAGAGGAGCUUUCUACAUCUUCAUCGGGGUGCUGUCAGUUGAUGGGAAAUGGUACAGGUGGUUGCCCGGCUCCAUCUUGGCUAUUAUUGGUAUUGCAUACGUUGCGUUGGAAUUCGUCCCAUCGAUCGAGCCCCCAGCGAACAUGCGCGAUGCAUCGGAUGCCGGCUGGGGUGCAGAGCAGGUCUGA